CUAGGGUUAGUUAUGAUAUUUAUAGAUGAGCGAUGAUACAAAGAAGAGCCGACUGUCAGUUUUGAGUUCUCAUUUGACCAAUUGGCCUUGGGAAUCUGCCGUCAUGGCUUCGGAGAAAGAAGCCGCCCUCGCUGCUGCUCCUUCUAAUUCUCCUACCAUAUUUGACAAAAUCAUCAAGAAGGAAAUCCCAGCUACAGUGGUUUAUGAAGACGAUAAGGUCUUAGCUUUUAGGGACAUAGCUCCCCAAGCUCCUACACACAUCUUAAUUAUUCCAAAAAAAAGGGAUGGCCUAACUGGAUUGUCUAAGGCUGAAGAGAGGCACACUGAAAUCCUUGGCCACCUUCUUUAUACUGCAAAGCUUGUUGCAAAACAGGAAGGACUGGAUGAUGGCUUCAGGAUUGUGAUCAAUGAUGGCCCUCAAGGAUGUCAAUCUGUGUAUCACAUUCAUGUCCACCUCCUUGGAGGACGCCAAAUGAACUGGCCUCCAGGCUAAAUGAAGAUGUUAAUCAGUGGACACCAUCUUUUGUGCUAGAGUGCAUGCCUACUUGUUAACUUUAAUAACGAAAACAGACAUGUUAAAUGUUGCUCGCAUCCAUGAUUUGAGUACUCAAUCGAACUGGGGAAAACUAACGAGCAUUGAGCCAUGUGUGAAAUAGUAUACGGAGUGGUUAA